AUGGAUCUGAAAAAUGAGUCUGUGGUGGCUGAAUUUAUUUUACUAGGUUUUUCUGGACCAUGGGAACUUCAGAUUUUCUUGUUUGUGACAUUUUCCUUGAUCUAUGGUGGUACUCUUUUGGGAAACAUCCUCAUUAUGGUCACAGUGACAUUUAGUUCCUCCCUUCAUUCUCCCAUGUACUUCCUGCUUGGAAACCUCUCUUUUGUGGACAUGUGUCUCUCCACUGUCACCACACCCAAAAUGAUCACUGAUUUGCUUACUGAACACAAGAGUAUUUCUUUGUGGGGCUGCAUGGCCCAGAUGUUCUUUAUGCAUCUUUUUGGAGGUGCUGAGAUGACUCUCCUGAUAGCCAUGGCCUUUGACAGGUAUGUAGCCAUUUGUAAACCCCUGCAUUACAGGACAAUAAUGAGUCACAGGCUGCUGAGUGGGUUUAUGAUACUAUCAUGGAUAAUUGGUUUUAUACAUACCAUGAGCCAGAUGGUAUUAACAAUGAACUUGCCUUUCUGUAACCAUAAUGUGGUAGACAACCUGUUUUGUGAUCUUCCCCUUGUGAUCAAGCUUGCUUGUGCAGAAACAUAUACACUGGAAUUGUUUGUCAUUGCUGACAGUGGUCUGCUCUCAUUUAUCUGUUUUAUCCUCCUGCUUCUCUCCUACACUGUCAUCUUGAUCACAGUAAGACGGAGGUCAUCUGGAGGACUCUCCAAGGCUUUAUCUACUUUGUCUGCUCACAUCAUUGUUGUCACCAUGUUCUUUGGACCUUGUAUAUUUAUCUAUGCCUGGCCAUUCAGUAAUUUUGCAAGAAAUAAAAUCCUUGCUGUAUUUUACACCGUGAUCACACCCUUACUGAAUCCUCUUAUUUACACUUUGAGAAACCAGAAAAUGCAAGAGGCCAUGAAAAAAUUAAGAACUCAACAUGUUGGUUCCACAUAA